CAUUUCUUGGUCUUUCCAAUCGUCACCACUCACCACCAACAGUAUUUCCUUUAUCGAGGUUCUUUCAAAAUUACCCAGAACAUUUAUCUUUCUCUCUCCUCGUUUCUUCCCCUCCAAGAACAUCCCACCUUCUUAUAUCAAUCAAACCCCUUUCAUUUUCUGGGUAUAAAUCUCCUGCGUACUCGAAACAGGGUACAAGAAAUUAGAAGAAAUUUAAUAAUCUGGUUUGUGGAGAAAUGGGAAGGAAUACAGAAACUAAGAUAAUACAAGAAUUGGUGUUAUAUGCAGCAAGUGCAGCACUUAGUUGUUUGGUAUUAUUUGUAGGGCUUAAACAAUUAGACCCUAAUCGUGAAUCCUCUAAAAAGGCCCUUGAACAAAAGAAGGAAAUUGCUAAGCGAUUGGGUAGACCUCUUAUUCAAACUAAUUCUUAUGAAGAUGUCAUCGCAUGCGAUGUUAUAAAUCCUGACCACAUUGAAGUCAAGUUUGACCUAAUCGGCGGUUUAGAUAGCAUCAAGCAGGCACUUUAUGAGUUGGUCAUUCUUCCACUACGGAGGCCUGAGUUGUUUACGUAUGGGAAAUUACUUGGUCCUCAAAAGGGAGUUUUACUUUAUGGUCCUCCAGGAACCGGAAAGACAAUGCUAGCAAAAGCUAUUGCUAAAGAGUCUGGAGCAGUUUUCAUCAAUGUGAGGAUAUCAAAUUUGAUGAGCAAAUGGUUUGGUGAUGCACAAAAACUUGUUUCUGCUGUAUUUAGCUUGGCAUACAAACUACAGCCUGCUAUCAUAUUCAUCGAUGAGGUUGAUAGCUUUUUGGGACAGCGCAGAAACUCUGACCAUGAAGCAUUAACAAACAUGAAAACUGAGUUUAUGGCUUUGUGGGAUGGCUUUACGACUGAUCAAAAUGCCAGAGUGAUGGUUCUUGCUGCUACAAAUCGUCCAUCAGAACUUGAUGAGGCUAUUCUUCGCCGGUUUUCUCAGGCCUUUGAGAUUGGAAUUCCUGUUCGUAAAGAGAGGGCAGAGAUUUUGAAAGUAAUUCUGAAGGGUGAAAGGGUAGAGGAGGAGAUCGACUUUGACUAUCUGGCUAGCUUGUGUGACGGAAGUACUGGGUCUGAUCUAUUUGAUCUUUGUAAAAAGGCUGCAUAUCUUCCAAUCAGGGAGCUCUUAGAUGAUGAGAAGAGUGGGAAACCCCUUCAUGCUCCAAGGCCGCUAACACAAACUGAUUUAGAGAAAGUCCUUACUACAUCAAAAAAGACAAACGUGGCUGCACAUGAAUACUCGAGGCUAAUGUCACAAUCAUCUUCCUGGCAACCGCAAGAGGAGGGAGAAGGAUUACCUGUCCAAAACAUGAUCAAUGAGCUUUCAAAGCUUGUUCUCGCCCAAAUGUUGAAUAUGCAGGCUGAUAAUAAUCAAGAGAACUAAGCUGCAACAGUUGCUGAAGUUUAGUAGCUAAUCAAAUUUGAAAUUAGUAGUCAGGUGGGUUGGUUAGGAUUCUCCUCUGAUACACAGUUUUGUCGAAUAUCUAUACACUACUUAGUAUAUCAUAUAAGAUGCGUUUGGAUAGCAUUAAGCCAUUAAUAUCUAUGUAUAAUUUCUGAAUUUAACUUGCUCAUUUGUUGGGUGCCUAUGAUUUUGAUAUUAAUUUUAUUGCUGAUACAAGAUUUACUUCUGCCA